CCAUUUCCACUAGUCCAAACGCACCCUAACCAACACCAAGCCAGACAGCACCUCCACCAGACUCCAACUCUCCUCCACGGCCACCGCAAACAACCGCCACUCGCCGCCCAAUCGCUAAUCCCCAUACGGAGAGAGAAUGGGGAAGAAACCCAUCCUAGACCCUCCACACUUGAAGAAAUACGGUGUCCCUUUCUACUCUGUUGCUUGGCCUCCCCAACACAUUCUCAAACCCCGCAAAACUGAUUCCACCGACACCGAUCACGAUUCGGAGCCGGAAACUCCCGCCGCCGGGAACUACAUCGUGCUCGCUGGUGGCGGUGGAGAAGGCAGCAGCGGCAUCCCCAAUGCUGUGUUGCUUGCUCACUUCGAUUUCGCAUCCAAUUCUCUCUCUGAUCAACCGGUGUAUAAGCUAGAAACUGAUUCUCAGUUGCCUUACAGAAUGGCGCUUCACCCGAAAGGAGAUGGCCUUAUUUGUGCAAUGGAAAUGCCAAAGUGUUGCAGAUGGUUUGACUGGGAUCAAAACAAGAAUUCUGAAAUUCAUAAGUUGGGUCUCAAGUUGUCAGAGAAAGUGUUUACCGAGUUGGAGGAUGUUGGACAGCAAUUAGCAUUGGCAUUCAACAAUGAUGGUACUGCGCUAGCUACUGGUGGGGAGGAUGGCAGUCUAAGGGUUUUCAAGUGGCCUAGCAUGAAAGUUAUUCUCGAACAUUCUACUGCUCAUUCUUCUUCUGUCAAGGACUUGCAUUUCAGCUCCAAUGGUAAAUGGAUUGUAUCUUUGGGUUCUGGUGGCCCAUGCAGGGUUUGGGAUCUCUCUUCAGGAAUAGCUUUAGGUUCUCUAUCAACUAAAAAUCGUGAACUCUUUAGCGGAUGCAGAUUCUCUCAAAUAAAUGAGAGCACUUGGGUGCUAUAUAUUGCUGCCAAUACAGAGAAAGGUGGAAGCAUCCUGACCUGGAGUCUCGACAAUUACGAAAGGAAGAGCUCAAAGUUUAUUAUUCGUGAUGCAAUCUGUGCUUUCAAUAUCUCAGCUGAUGGAAAGUUUCUUGCAUGUGGAACACCUUCAGGAGACAUUGUAAUUGUAAGUUCAACAAAUAUGCAGAUUCAGACAACGAUAAAGAAGGCUCACCUUGGCAUGGUAACUGCUUUGGCAUUCUCCCCUGAUUCAAGGGCUUUGGCUUCUGUAUCCAUGGAUUCAAGUGCUAGGGUAACAAUAAUUGAAGGGAAGAAGACAAGUGGAGGGGUGAGCUUGUGGAUUGCCUUAUUUAUCAUCCUACUUGCAGUAGCUGCUUACUUCCUCAAGGUUGAACGAAUUGAAAAGUGAAGGUUCAAAUAGGCUCUUUUUCUGACGAAAAACUUUACUUAAAUAUAUACACACACAGUGCUAGCUAAACAGCUUUGUGAAUGCCACAACUUUGUUCUGAUGUGUCUUCAGUUUUGGGGGGUUUACAGAUUCUUUCAUAUAAUGCCUUGUAACAUGGCUUCCAGCUAGAAUUAAGUUUACUAUGCUCCCUGUUUGCUUGGUACUGCGAUGCUAUUUAUGUCAUAUUUCUGAAGUAAUUCUAUGUAGAA